AGAGGGAAAAAGGGGAGGAGAGACAAAAAGAGAAUGAGAGACAACGAAAGAGAGGAAGGGAAAGAGGCACAUUUCGGAAGCUGGGGACCAGAGGGAAUUUUUUGCCGGUUACAGAACAGUCUCCAGACUAAUUUGUCUUGUGCAGGUCCAUACAGUAGAUAAAUUGCGUGUAUAUUUGUCUCUCUGUGUCUGAGCAGAGGUGGAAGUGUCGGCGACAGAGAGAGGGAGUUGCCUGUUUGAAGAGGUCAGGCAGGCAGGGGAAAGCCGGUGGAUAUGUUUUAAGAGGCCGCUUAUCUGAAACUGACAACAGGAUGAGAGGGUGAGUGAGGGGGGAGAGCCCAGCAGUACAGGGGGAGAACCAUGGAGAGUACACCGUCCUCAUUCACAGCCCACUCACAGAGGACACACAGACACAGGCUAACCUGAGAGAGAGAGAAGCAGAGAUAGAGGGGAAGAAAGAGAGGGAAAGAGUCUACUUUGUCCAUUCUGUCCGACCGAGUGGGAGCGAGAGGCGAGGGUUCGUAACACUGGAGCUCAAGGAUAAACCAUGGACUCUGCACACCUCUUACCACGCCUGGACGAUGAUGGUAAAGCAGACCAGUUGAGAGGAGAGAAGUCAUGGCCCAGCCCAGGUCUCAGUCUCUACGUGAACCUCCAAACUUUGAAUGCUUUGAACCAAAUCUAGGAUCCACCAUGUUCCCUGCUAACCUCUUGGUCCUGAUGGUCCUGCUGCUACCUCAAGCCUCGUCUGGUCGCCAGGGCGGAGCCACCGAGCCCGAUGGUAGUGUGUCGUCGUUGUUAUCGUCAUCACCAACCCCCCUGGACCCUAGCCUGGCCCAGACCAUCCAGAACUUGCUGCUGAGCCGCCUGGGCCUGCAGUCCCACCCCAACCCCCGGCCAGGUGCCCCCGUCCCACAGUACAUAGUGGACCUCUAUCGCUUCCACUCCCAGCAGUACCACCUAGUCCAGGAUCCACACUUCAGCUACCCCAGCCAGCAUGUCCAGGAGGCCAACACCGUGCGCAGCUUCCACCACACAGAGUCUACCAGUCCCUCACUCCCUCUUGAAAAGAGGCAGACCACCGCGAGCAACAACAGGUUCCCCAUCUCCUUCAACGUGUCGUCCAUCCCCCAGGAUGAGCGUGUGGUGUCUGCAGAGCUACGUUUCUUCCGGGGUGGUGGGGCCAGCCCGGGCCCUGGGGCCCACAGGGUCAGCCUGUUCCUCUCUGGAAGCCCUGGGGACUCUGAGUCUGAGCCCACUCUGCUGGAGUCACGGGUCCUCACACGGGCCCCCAACACCAAGCCAGCUGUCUCCUGGGAGGCAUUCAGCCUCAGCACCGAACUCUUCCUGGGGACCCACGCUCAGACUGGGAGCCUGGCCUUCCUCCUGGAGGUGACCCCUCUGGGUAACACCACCCUCCUCACCCCCCCUGACCAUGAUGCUCUACCACCUUCCACUGGGGAGGAAGGACGAAGAGUGGGACACCUGAGGGUGCGCAGAUCUCUGGGACAGGACGAACACAGCUGGGCACAAGAGAGACCCCUGCUGGUUACUUACAGCCAUGACGGGCGUGGGGAGGCACUAGCCGCCCAUGUCCGGAGAACCUCUGGCACUGCCCAGAGGAUGAGGGGGAGGAAGGGGGCCAGAGAAAGGGGCAGGAGUAGCAGCAGCAACCGGGGAAGGGACAGAAACAAGGACAGGGAGAGGGACAGGGACCGGAGUGCCAGCCCUGGCUGGGGCGGUAGCUGGGACGAGGGUGGAAGAGUGAAGCGUAAUGGUGGCCGCGCAGCAAAACUGAAGCGUCUGUCCCGCACCCGCUGCCGCCGCCACCCGCUCUACGUGGACUUCAAAGACGUGGGCUGGAACAAGUGGAUUGUGGCGCCUAGCGGCUACGACGCCUUCUUCUGCCUGGGGGAGUGUCGCUUCCCGCUCGCCGAUCACAUGAACUCAUCCAGCCACGCCAUGGUGCAGACGCUGGUGAACUCGGUGAACGGAGCCGUGCCGCGGGCCUGCUGCGUGCCCACCGCCCUCAGCCCCAUCGCCAUGCUCUACCUGGACCCGCAGGACCGCGUGGUGCUCAAAAACUACCAGGACAUGGUGGUGGAGGGCUGUGGAUGCCGGUGACGGGAAACAAAAGAGAGGGAGGGAGGAGAGAGAUGGAAGGAGAGAUUGAUGGCGUAAAGACAGAGGGCAAGGACAGAACCCAGCCCAGCAGGACCAAGUGAAACAAGAGGACCUGGAUCUUGUGGCGGAGGGAUGCAAAUACUAGGACUAGCGGGGGACCGGAGAGAUGGAUGAGGCAGGAAGAGAAGAGACGGGAAUGUAGAACCCAAUCCAGCAGGAACAAGUGCUUUCUAAGAAGUGCAUGGUGUCGGAGGGCCACAGCUGUCGGUAGUGGAAAUAAAGAGGAGAAGAAAGAGAGAGGGAGAGAGAUGGAAAGAGAGAGAGAGAGAGAGAGAGGAAAAACAGAGACUGAGGAGCCCCCUUAGGACACACAGUGCAGUGCUUCAGAAGUACCACAGAGUGAGAGUAUGAAGAGAAGACAGAGGGAACGACGGAGAGGGAGAGAAAUAAUGAAGCAGUCUUCCACAUCCCGGUAGGGGAAGAGGAUGCUGCUGACAGGAGAAGAGGGGAACGACAGCCAGGAGUAGAGGAGAAGAGAAUCCUCCCAUUAGCCCCACCUCCUCUCCUUCAAUAGCACUCCACUCGCUGACAGCCCUGUGCUUGUUCAGUGCUCCCUUGCCUUGCCAGCCCUCUACGUGUCUGUAACGUGUCUGUGUCUGUGUCUCUCCGUGCUUAGUGUGUCGCUCACCUCCUUCCAGCAUCAAUCUGUAAAGGAGACGCACUCAAUCAGUGGAGUGGAAGGGGACUGGCAAGAGAUGAAGAUAUCAGUAUACUAUCUGCAAGAGAUGAAGAUAUCAGUAUACUAUCUGUAUGGUUGGAUAUCAAGAGUGGCUUACAGAGAAAGCUGUCAUGUGGCCCAUAUGAGGAGGAUGAUACAUAUAGCCUUUGCAUCAGUUGACAUCAUCCUCAAACUAACUCGGCUAACUUGUCUGGGCCAACGGACAGCUACUGACCUCUCAUCAAGAGAGACGUUGACGGACACUCCUCGCAGACUGAAUAGAUAUGGAUUUUUCGCAGACAGACAUGAAUCUUCCCGUCAUGAGAUAUAUAUUUUUUAAACCACAACAAUAAUACAGAGGAAUUAUUAUGCUAUUGUUUGAAUGUACUACUAUCAUUAUUAUUUAAAGAUAACUUUUUGUUGUACAUUUCCUUUGCAGAGAUGAAAAAAAUUCAGAAAACCGUUGUCAUCAAAGUAAUUCCAUUAAAUGGUAAAUCUAACUUAACGAGUCACAUUAGGUAUUUAAAUAGCAACCACAUAUGGUGUAUUUAACCUUGAAAAUAUUUAAGAUAUCUGCUCUCUACAAAGCCACAUGUACAGUACCGUAAUACACCUAAAACCUGCGUCCCUUAUAGUAGCUUUGGUACAGCAAGUUAUGGUGGCUUUUGGUGUACUACACAUACAAAAACACAGUGUUGUAAUGACGCAGUCAUAAGCUCAAGAAAUGCCACAUAUCAAGGCUCUGUGUAUUGUAUUCUACUGAAUCGUGUAACAAGAACACAAUGUCAUCGUCGAACACAGAUGUCUUUGCUGGAGGUGUGCAUGUUAUUUUUUAAAGAACGGCUAAUGUUAAAGCAGUUGAUUUCCAGUGCCUUUUGGACGAGGGCUUUGCAGGUGUUCUCCUGUUAUGAGUUGAGUAUUUUGAGUAUUUCCAGCAUUUUGCUUUUCCCUCUAUUUAAAUGGAAGCAUUUAAACAACAGUCUGUAAAAUGUUUGACAUUGUCUGAAAACGUGACGACACCUGUAAUAAACAGACCAAGCAGCA